GCGGCAGCAAAAGCGGCGGCGGUAGCGGCUGCGGUCGGGUGGGCUCGCUCCCGGCGCGGUGCAGCUCUGCGGCGCGGGCCCCACUCUCCGCUCCCUGCUCCGGCCUCGACCACGGCGAGCCUGAGCGCGGCGGCGGCCCACGCGCGGCGACGGGGAGAGACUUGGCCUGAAGGGACCUUGAGAUGCACUUCGGGGUCUGUGGAGGCACCCGAUAUGCACCCUGUGUGCUUGGGGAAGACGGAGAAACUGGCUCGCCUGUCAUCUGGAGGGACCUGAAGGCACUGCUCUGAGCGAGGCCGAGAGAUCCCUUUCCUUUAAUAAACGGAGCAGUUGAAUUAUGAGCAGCAACAGCGGUAAGAGAGCACCGACGACAGCGACCCAGCGCCUGAAGCAGGACUAUCUCCGGAUUAAGAAAGACCCCGUGCCUUACAUCUGUGCCGAGCCCCUCCCUUCCAACAUCCUUGAGUGGCACUAUGUGGUCCGAGGCCCUGAGAUGACUCCCUAUGAAGGUGGCUAUUAUCACGGAAAACUAAUUUUUCCCAGAGAAUUUCCUUUUAAACCUCCUAGUAUUUAUAUGAUAACUCCCAAUGGAAGGUUUAAGUGCAAUACAAGGCUGUGUCUUUCUAUCACGGAUUUCCACCCAGACACGUGGAACCCGGCCUGGUCCGUCUCCACCAUCCUGACGGGGCUCCUGAGCUUUAUGGUGGAGAAGGGCCCCACCCUGGGCAGCAUCGAGACAUCAGACUUCACGAAAAGACAACUGGCUGCACAAAGUUUAGUGUUUAAUUUAAAAGACAAAGUGUUUUGUGAAUUAUUUCCUGAAGUUGUGGAGGAAAUUAAACAAAAACAGAGAGCACAAGAUGAACUCAGUAGCAGACCCCAGGCUCUCCCCUUACCGGACGUGGUUCCAGACGGGGAGACACACCACGGCCAGCACGGGCUCCCGCUCCUCAAUGGGCACGCGCCGGGGGCUGGGCCGCACCUGGCAGGGCUCCAGCAGGCCAACCGGCACCAUGGACUCCUGGGCGGGGCCCUAGCGAACUUGUUUGUUAUAGUUGGGUUUGCGGCCUUUGCCUACACGGUCAAGUACGUGCUGAGGAGCAUAGCCCAGGAGUGAGCUGCCACGACGACCAGCAGAGGGGUCGGACACGCAGGACGCUGGGUCCAAGCUCGACGUGGGCUGGCUGGAUGUGCUGCUGAGCACGCGGGCCUGGCUGACUCCUGGGGUUAGCUUUUUAAAAACAUUUAAAAGGAAAACAAGAACCAAAGCGUGUAGUUUGGAUUUGGAGGAAACAUGAGAUCCCCAGCCCCCAUGCUCGCCCUGGCAUCUGGCAGGGGCUGAGGGGCUCCAUGUCCACGAGGAGGCCUCAUGCUUUGGUUUUAUAGCUUAUCUCCUGUAUUGUCUUUUGGACCUGUUUUAGUAACCUGUUUUUCAUUUUAUUAGAUUUGGUCACUUAAAAAUAUAAAACUCGAUGCCUAUCCAA